GCACAAAAAGUGCCCCAUAAGAGAGGUCUAACCUGUAAAAAAGAGUGAAAUGUCGGAUUCUCUUUUGUAAAAUUUGCGAAAAUCCCUAGAAAAUGAAAACGUAAACAAGCUCUUCUGUGUCGCGACAGAAUGAGCCAGAUGUUUUUCUUCAGCCAAUCAUAUUGAAGUAUUUGAUUUCUCCUUGCCCAUGAUUGGUUGCUUCUAGGCGACAGAUGCCAAAUGUCAAUCAUUAUUGCCACCAGUUAUUAGGCUCCUUCGCGAUUUGACUUUGUCGAAGCUCAACGGCUCCAACUUUCAACUUUCAACUUUCCUUAGUUAAUUUUACUCGCUUCAAACCUAAAAAAACAAUCCAGUUGUAGUUUAAACAUUAGUACAUAUGCUACUAUUUUCAUUCAAGACUAAACAGUAAGUAUCUAUAAUGAAACUACGUGGUUUCACUUUUGUUGUGUUUACGUUUUAUGCUGUUGUUUGUACGCUUUGUAAAUUGGACUGCGUGAUGGAUAUGGUAUAUUUCUUCAUUUGUUUUCAAAGGAAACUUCAAAACCUAUACCGCAAAACCUACUGAAGACCGUGAGUUACUUCUUGUCUGUUGUGCUAUACAAAUAGAAACACGGCAAAGAAGGAACGGACCAACGUAAAAGGAGAAACAACUGCGAAUAGUUACGGUAAUAAAGUCGAGUAAAGGCCGCCAUAUUUUCCGAAGUUGCACAAUGUCAUUCGAUUCAUGUAGCGAUUAUUCGUCGUCGGAUAGCCAAGACAGCCCAACUGAAGAUUAUUCUAAUCCUUUUGAUGAAGCUUUUAUGAAAGAAACUGAAGAUUUAGUCGUCGACUACAUCGGUUUCCGUUUGAGAUCGAAAUUCAGGCAGUCAUGUUUGCGUGGACUUCCCCGUGAAAUUUUAGUGCCUCCAAGUCAACCGAGCAACAAGGCUAUUAAUCUUCGGAAUCUAGCUACGAACUUAGAAGACCAACACGAGCAGCUUUUUCAGCAAAUAUGCUUCAAGGUGGAUUUGUCAGAGUCUCAAGCGAAGAGAAAUUUUGACCGCAUUGCGAAGGAGAUCUUUACUGAAGGGAAUUGGAAUUGGGGAAGAAUCGUUUCGCUGAUAACUUUCAUUGGGGUUGUAUCUCAUCAUUUUGUUGAACAAGAACGCCCUGAAAUGGUGUGUGAAGUGAUUCAGUGGCUGUUGCAAUUUAUACGUGUUCACCUAAUAACUUGGAUUAUUGAAAAGGGUGGCUGGGUAUGUGAAAUUUCUUCCUUUUAAUAUUAAAAUUGUAGAUAUUAACAUAUUUUCUUUGAAUUGUAAGUAGUUCGACUUUGAUUCAGACUUGAUAAUGAUAUUUUAGUCGAAAUUCAACCUAGAUUUGGUAGCAAGGAAUUUCAAAAUUGUUGGUUUCAUGAAAGAUUCCCUGUUUGUAUGUAAAGGAAAGUGGAAAAUGGUCACUCUAUAAACCACCAUCCGGAUGUGUGACGUGUUUUAUAAUAUUAACAAUAUUUCCUAGUUUCAAUAUAUAUAUUGUUAUAUAUCAAGGUUUAUAAUAAUGUGACAAUUUUCCAGACUUGGCAAGAAUGACCAUGUCAAGUCAUAUUGGACCUUGGUUACCAAUGAACCUGUGGUAGUCUUGUGAUGGUGACCAAUUGUUACAAAUUUCUGGUGUCAUUGUCUCUAUGGAGGUUGGCGUAGUCUCCAGUCAUGUAUAUAAAUAUCUACAAUUACCGCUUGUAGUAACACAAAAGACUAUAUUCUCAAGAGCUGUCAAAAUUUCUAUGAUGGUGUUAAAAAAAUGAUAUAAGUACCUUGCAGUCUUGCAUGGCAAAUAAUAAUAUCAGUUUUGGUUUGUGGAAAUGCCACAUAAUUUGCAGAGCUUUUGAUCUGUAAGCCCAGAUCAUCAUCCAUUCAAAUAAUAUAUGACUAAAAAAUCAUAGUUUGAAAACUAAUUUGUUCUUGGAAAUGACCUUUAUUUUAACAAAACAGUGUUUACGUUGGCUGAUAUUGUAUUUCAUCAUCUAAUGCAUAGAUGAUCAGACAAACAAAUUAUUUUCGAUCAUAAUAGCUUUUCCAUGUUCCGUCAUAUGAUCAGUUAAAAGAUCAUUUAUAAUAAAGAUUUUCCCCGGAUUUUUAUUUUGUUUUCUUAAAAGAAAAACAGCUGCGAUGUGCUCUAUUGCUCUUUGAUAUUUUACUUUGUCUAAGGGAGAAGAUUUUACUUGUUGAGGGAAAAGUGGCCAGCAUUAAUAUUAACCCUUUAAGUGUGCAAUAUGCCCUACUUUAUUGUUUUACUCUGGUUAAUGCCAGAUGAUUUUACUCAUCAAGGGAGUUGCCACCCAAUGGGUUAAUGGUUAAAUAGAAAGAUUUGUCUAACAGUUCAGUAGAAAGUACUAUGUGUAUGAAAUUCUAAUUACUUUCUUCAACAUAGGAUGGAUUUGUGGCUCAUUUUAAUGGGAACAAGCAACCAAAGUCAUUUUGGACUGGAGUAUUUGCAAUGGGUGCAAUCGGCGCAGCUGGCAUCACACUUCUGGCAAUGUCAAACAAAUAGACAAUUUCUCUUGUGACUUCUGACACUUCUGUUAGAUCUGUUUGUACAUAGAAGGACUUAUCUGUAUAUUAACAUAAUGCAAAGUUAUCUCAUUAUUUGAGAAGUUAGAAUUCACCGUGUGAAUAGAACAUGUAUACUUGGUUUUUUGUAAAACCAGGCACUUGAUUUCUAAUAAAAGUACUUCUAUACAAAACAGGUAAGUUAAGUACUUGCGGCUUAAAUACCAAAUAAUUUUAAUCAUGCUAAACAACACCAUGUGUUACUAACAACCUAUAUCAUUUUAAUCAAUUUCUUGUAUUGAACUGUUGCAGUUUAUUUGGGAUAUUUCCAAAUUGCUUUUGAACAACAUUUUCGUUUUGGAAUACUGCGGAUGAUUGGAUACUGUAUUUCAAAACUUUGGCAAAAUUUAACAUGCAUGACCUUACGUAAAACAAAUAAUCCUGUAUAACACUGUUGAUAUUAUUACAGGACAGACUAAUCAUGUAAAAUUUGUGUAUUGGACUGCUUACAUGUAGUACUUCAGAGCUUACAAGUACUAUUGCUGUUGUCUUCAGGCAUUUUGAAAUAAAGUUUUAAAAUUUUUGUCA